CAGGCGCAAGAUACCACGCAAGAACUCUACGCAUGCUCGCUUACAUCCGCUGUUCGCUGUUCCUAGAACUCAAAUUGCUAUUCUUAUCAUCCUUAAUCAGCGGCGUAUUCACGUCUCUGCAUGCUCUUUGAGGUUAGCGCCAGCCCACUCUGGCUGAGGCUUGAAAUUGUUACCUCACUACACAACGUUAUAGGGCAGCAUGAUGCUGCUCAUUCAGUACUUUAAAGAGUGUUGCAACCUUGGUCACUUGCCUCUCCGAAUUCUAUUGUCCGGUGUGUCAGCUUAUAAGAUGAACCUUCCCACCAAACUCCAACCGAGAAUACCUACAACGUGUCCGACAGCUGUGACAAUGCCAGAGAAUAAGCCAAGAAAGGUUAACAGCGAAGUGCGCAAACAACAGAAUAGGAUAGCAUCACGGAACUACAGAGAGAAACGCAAACGCAAGCUUCAACGGCUUCAACAGCUCCUAAAGGACGACGAGCCAGGCGAGAAAUAUGACUACAAUCGAUCAACAAGCCCAUACGAAGACCGUUCCGGCUCGGGAUCGAUAUUUUAUGAGCGUUCAGUAGCAAGUGCAUCUCCCCACAGCGCAGCUCUCUCAUGCACUUUCAGCUCUCCGCAACCCGAUCAUUCUGCCACAUUCAAUCAGACGUGGAUGCCGCAUAUCACAACGUCAAGUGAGCAGAUAUCCACAUACAACAACUCAUACUCCAGUCCGGCACAGCAAAUGAUGGCAUACACCGCGUGUGGCCCGGCUUUCUCAAGCCAAUCGACUUGGAACCCAUUCUUGUCAUCCACAGGCAUAACCCAGUCUCCACCACUUGCAUCAUAUCAUUCUCUAGAUCCCUCCAAUGCGUACUACUGGUCAUCGUCUGACUUUGAAUCCAUGUACACACACACAAUGAAUCCAGAAGAGGCGGCUACAAGUUCCUACAUGCCUUCGUGGCAACAUCACAUAGGCGGGGAGGUGCCAGCUGGUGUUGCAUUCGAUCCAUACGGGAGAAAUUAUUAUCGAUACAAGCCACAGUAAGAUUGCCACACGACAAGGUUCUCGCAUAAUACCAGGGACACUCCGCAGAUCUGACUGGUUGGCUUCCAUUCCAUGAUUACUAUUACUCCACCACUGGCGCGUAUAUAUCGUAGGCCCAAAGUGCGUG